AGUUAGUUAUCACAUCCAUGAUUGUAAAGUGCUGAUUGGGAAGACUGGGGUUAGGGAGUUAGGUAGGAAGGCUGUGCUCAGAGUAAAGGGGAGGGAUAGCAUUGUGUGACCUGGGUGUGUAGACACAGCUUUCAUCCUGUAUAUAAGUUUACAGAUCUCUGGUCCCUGUAUCCCAGUCCUUCACCUUUCCUCCCCCUGCCUCCUCCUCCACAGGACCACAGUACCUGUUUGCACCUAGAACCAUGGAUAUUAAGAAAAUGGCUCCUCUCCCGGAAUUCCAGAACCACAUCCAAAAAGACCUGGAAGAUGAUUACAAAGUGCCUACUUAUCUUUCUGAUAUCAAUGGGGAUCCCCCACCAGGUGAGGUUAGUAUACCCAGCUCAGGAUCACUGCCACCAUCUUACUCCACUGCGUCACUAUGCAAAGACGAACCUGAAGAAAAGGAGUUUGACCCAUGGGACAUGCCAGAGCUGAAGCGUACAGGGCUAAGGUGGUCAGAAAUGAACACAAAGCAACGCAUCCUAUCUGUGCUGAUGUCAAUAACCAAGUUUGUCCUAUUGGUGGCGCUGUUGUAUUUCUUUGUUUGCUCCUUGGACGUGCUAAGUUCUGCCUUCCAGUUAGUAGGCGGAAAAGCUGCAGGAGAUAUUUUCAAGAAUCACUCGGUGCUGACUAAUCCUGUUGCCGGUCUUGUGAUCGGCGUCCUGGUGACUGUGCUUGUACAGAGCUCAAGUACAUCAACGUCUAUAGUGGUCAGCAUGGUGUCAUCUGGGCUUCUAACAGUCAGGACGGCAAUACCAAUAAUCAUGGGAGCCAACAUUGGCACAUCGGUCACAAACACCAUUGUAGCUCUGAUGCAGUCGGGUGACCGGAAUGAAUUCAGAAGGGCGUUUGCAGGAGCCACAGUCCAUGAUUUCUUUAAUUGGCUAUCUGUGCUCAUUCUGCUGCCCAUUGAAAUAGCAUCAGGAUAUCUGUUCCAUCUCACCAAUGUUAUUGUCACGUCUUUCAAUAUAAAAACCGGUGAGGAUGCCCCAGAUAUGCUAAAGGUUAUCACGGAGCCCCUUACCAAAGGAAUUAUUCAGCUCGAUAAAAAGGUUAUACAGCAAAUUGCAAAUGGAGACCCAGAAGCUCAGAACAAGAGUUUGAUCAAGAGGCUGUGUGAUGACAAUGACUACGUAACUGUUGCUGUGCCGGGUAUGGAUAACUGUACUAUAAAUAGACUCUGCUAUACAGAUGAAAAUAAUGUGACCUGGACGGAGAUCUAUCAGUCAGUGAAAGUCAGCUGUGCACACAUAUUUGCCAACAGUGAUCUCCCCGAUUUGGCAGUGGGAUUUAUCCUUUUGGCUCUGUCACUUUUUGUGUUGUGCGUCUGCCUGAUUCUGAUUGUCAAGCUUCUGAACGCCAUGCUAAAAGGACAAGUGUCUAUUAUCAUCAAGAAGAUCGUUAACACAGACUUCCCUUUCCCAUUUGCAUGGUUGACGGGAUACCUGGCAAUGCUGGUUGGUGCUGGAAUGACGUUUAUUGUGCAAAGCAGUUCUGUGUUCACAUCAGCAAUGACUCCACUCAUUGGCAUCGGAGUGAUUAGCAUUGAGAGAGCCUACCCACUGACACUUGGGUCUAACAUCGGAACAACGACUACUGCCCUGCUUGCUGCGUUAGCCAGUCCGGGGGACACCUUACAAAACUCUGUACAGAUUGCGUUAUGCCAUUUCUUCUUCAAUAUUUCUGGGAUAUUAAUUUGGUAUCCCAUCCCCUUCAUGAGGGUACCUAUUCGACUGGCCAAGGGCCUAGGGAACAAGACAGCCAAAUACCGGUGGUUUGCUGUUGUUUACUUGAUCCUGUGCUUCUUCUUGCUGCCCCUGCUGGUGUUUGGCCUAUCAAUAGCUGGAUGGCAGGUUCUUGUAGGCGUGGCUGUUCCUAUCGUGUUUGUCAUAAUUGUUGCCAUUAUCGUCAAUGUUAUGCAAUCAAAAUGCCCCAGGUUCCUGCCAGGCUUUCUGAAGACCUGGAACUUCCUUCCCAAGUGGAUGCACUCUCUCAGCCCGUGGGAUGCAGGGAUAUCCCUCCUCUCUCUGUUCUGUGGGCGCUAUUGUUGUUGCUGCUGCAAGAAGUGCAAGUGCUGUAAGGGUUGCCACAAUAUAGAAGAUGAGGAAUUAUCUAUUGACAAGCCGCAGGCACUGGAGUGUCACGAAAACACUGUCGAUUUGACUGAUGAAUUUCCGACUAUUGACAGCAAAGAAAAAGGAAAGAAUCUGGACCUCACUUCCUUAUAGUACCAGUGUUGGGAGUUUCUUUCAUAAGAAAUAAACAGGAUGGACAUAACCUUUUUAUUUAUUGAAUGUAUGAUAAAAAAACAAUUAUAGAGCUUGUAACAUGAGCGGCUGGGUGCAUCAGGAAAUGAUCAAAUAACCUGUUGGGGGGUAUUUUGGUUAAAAAAAAAUUCAUCAGUUUGGAUUCAGUAGUAAAGAUGUGACUAGAGUCUAAUGUGAAGAGAGGUGAUGGUGGGUCAUCUUCAAACCCCAGAAUACCUGUAGUCUACACAAUUUGGGACAGCCAUUAUGGAGGCUGAAACGUUAAUGGGGAAAUUCAGCCUAUAGUUUUAUGUGUCUCUACAUUGCUGCUUACUUCCACUGAAGUGACAGGCUCCAUUCUCGCGAAUACUGGCUCCGUUCACAAGAUGAAUGUCUCUUCUGUGAUUUGAGCACAGAAGAAGGCAGGCCUAUUGUGUCAGACUGCAUGGCCUUAUGUGCAGGUAAGCUAGGCACAUGAAGAGGCAGGCCUAUUGUGUCAGACUGCAUGGCCUUAUGUGCAGGUAAGUUAGGCCCAUGAAGAGGCAGGCCUAUUGUGUCAGACUGCAUGGCCUUAUGUGCAGGUAAGCUAGGCCCAUGAAGAGGCAGGCCUAUUGUGUCAGACUGCAUGGCCUUAUGUGCAGGUAAGCUAGGCACAUGAAGAGGCAGGCCUAUUGUGUCAGACUGCAUGGCCUUAUGUGCAGGUAAGCUAGGCCCAUGAAGAGGCAGGCCUAUUGUGUCAGACUGCAAGGCCUUGUGUGCAGUUGAGUCGGGCACAUGAAGAGGCAGGCCUAUUGUGUCAGACUGCAUGGCCUUAUGUGAUGGUAAGCUAGGCACAUGAAGAGGCAGGCAUAUUGUGUCUGUCUGCAAGGCCUUGUGUGCAGUUGAGUCGGGCACAUGAAGAGGCAGGCCUAUUGUGUCAGACUGCAUGGCCUUAUGUGCAGGUAAGCUAGGCACAUGAAGAGGCAGGCCUAUUGUGUCUGUCUGCAAGGCCUUGUGUGCAGUUGAGUCGGGCACAUGAAGAGACAGGCCUAUUGUGUCUGUCUGCAAGGCCUUGUGGGCAGUUGAGUCGGGCACAUGAAGAGACAGGCCUAUUGUGUAUGUCUGCAAGGCCUUAUGUGCAGGAGAAUUGGGCACAUGAAGAGGCAGACCUAUGGUGUCUCUCUGCAUGGCCUUUUAUAAGUUUUAAGUAUUAUUCGAAGAACAAAAUACCUUAAGAACAAUCCAUAUUUUGCAUUGUUACAGGUUUGUUUAUCUUUUUAGAAAUCAGCAAUGAUUCAAGCUAUAAUAGUAAAAAAAAGUGUGGCAAGGUAUAGAGGAAAGUGAUUAGAAAGCAGAAAAUGGGGCUUCUUUACUAAGAGCAAAUGUGUAGUAACCCAUAUCAACCAAUCACAAAGUUAUUAUCAGUGUGUAACAGUACUAAAUGUAUUAACUUUUAUCUAUAUAGCGCCAACAUGUUACACAGCGAUUUACAGAGAUUGUGUUAAUCUGUCACAUCAGUCCCAGUUGAGCUUAAAUUAUUAACCACAGAAACAGGCCGAAGGGUAGAUUUACUAACGCUUCUAAAAAUGAAGAGUGAUGGGGUUGACCAUUUUUUUUAGAAGCGUUAGUAAAUCAACCCCUGAGUUUCAUCCAAAGCUAACUAACUUACCAGUGUUUCUUCUUGAGGAAGCCAGAACAUGAAAUCCACAUGAACAAUGGAAGAACAUACAAAGCCCAACUCUAGAUGGAUUAAUGCUGGUGGUUGCUAUGGGUUACUGUGCAUUUACAAUUGAUGGCAAAUUUGAACAGAACGUAUACCUGAAAAUACUGUAAGAUAAUAGACAUUUGUAUGAAUUUGUAUGAGGAAGAGACAUUUAGAACAGGAAUAAUGUUUUCUAAUGUAAGCACACCAGCCUACUACAGACUGUACUCUGUACUGUGUACAUAUUAAUACAGCUGUAUAAAUUGUUUUCAACCUAUGUAUAUAGUUGGAGCAAAUUUUAUAUUUGCAAUUAAGUUUGGAGCACUUUGGAUGAACUUUCAUUUGAAUGUUUUUAUGUAAAUUAUAUAUUCUUAAAUGUACUCUACAAACCUCAAGAGUUAAUAUCAUAAUCUGUAAUUUCAUGGCUCACCUAAAAGGCAGAACCCUUGGCUAAAAAGUUAGGUAAGUUAGGCACACGGCCUAUCCAACCUGACAGCAUUACCAUACAUACAGUUGAGCCUCGCUGAAUCCUAUUGGUUCAUUCGGAUCUCUCCGCCUACACUGAGCCUCACUACUGUAUGUGCAUCUGUGUACUGAACUCAUACAUGCGCUGUAACACCGAUCAAUAGUGCAAACUUUGCCGCUAACAGUUAGCGACAAAAGUAGUAGCGGUUAGGUUCAGUAAUAAUGAAUAGACCCCUUCGAGUUAAAUCUCUUGUAAGUGUCCUAUGUCAUACAUGGUGGAGUGUUUGCAUUUUAUGGAAUAGUUCUACUAAUUGAAUAAAUCAGGUAACUUGCAUAGGCAUGUUUAUGUGUGGCCAGCUGCAUUUUGGUUGUUUAUUAGUUUUAACAAUUUCAUUUAUGCCAAUCAUUUUAUAUUAAAGUGUACAUUUUGGUGACAAAUAAAUAUUAUUUUCCAGGUGACCAUUCUGAUAUGGUAAUGCUGUUGGGAUUGGAUACUGCGUGUAUAUUUUAAACAGCUAUGCAUAACUGUGUUAUUUCAAGCCUUGGUUAUUGAGGUAGGGUGACCAUUUUAUCCCUUUUAUCUGGAACGUUCAUGGCUUACACAGGUUCUGUGGCUGAUUAAAACCAUCUGAAAUGUAGGCUUGAAGUCAGCCAGCCACAGAACCUGUGUAAACCAUGAGCGUCCCAGGUAAAAGAGAUAAUAUGGUCACUCUAGUUACAGUACAGCAAAAAAGACAAUAAAAUGUAAAAUACUACUGACACUUUGCAAUAUACAAUAAAUAUUGUGAUUCAGACAUA